AUGACGGUCAGACGCUUCAACUCUCUGCUGCUGCUCGCUCUGCUCACAGUCAGUGGAUCCAGCAGCAGGAAGGUUGUUGGUCGAGCAGGUGAGGACGUCACUCUGCCCUGUAAAUAUAACUUCAAGAAUAACAAAACAACAGCAGUUUUUUGGCGUCGAUCCCUAUCACUUACAAGCUGGGGCAAAGAUAUCAUCUCCACAGACGGAUAUAAAGUGAUAGAAACGACCAGAGCUUCCAGCAGGUAUCAGUUACUGGGACGACUGGAGGAUGGAGAUGUUUCUCUGACGAUCCUGAAGACCCCAGAGGAAGAUGCUGGACGGUACGAAUGCAGAGUGGAGAUACCUGGUUGGUUCAAUGAUGUAAAACAUCACAUCGAUCUGACCAUUGAGAAAGGUCAGGUGACUGCUACAACUUCCUCAACCAGCAUCGACUCUGAGCAGCAGCAGCAGGAGGAUGAGAAAGGGAAGAAGCAGACAGAUAUCAUCAUUCUUGUUUGCGUUCUGAUCAUGUUGAUCGCUUUGGUCGCAGCAGGCGUCGCUAUUAACAGGAGAAGAUGGAACCAACAUAAAAUCCCUCAGCAGCAGCAGCAGCAGCAGCAGCAGCAGCAGCAACAGCAGCAGCAGCAGCAGCAGCAGCAGCAGCAGCAGCAGCAACAGCAGCAGGAGGAGCCGGAGCUGCAUUACAGUGUAAUUCAGUUCAACUCUGUCCCGCCGGCUGUGGAGCUCCAAAAUCAAGGUACUGCGAUAGAGAACAUCUACCAGAACCACAGCACUGGUUAUGCUGCUGGCAACAGCGACUGUGUUGACGAGGUCUGACUCUGAGGCGUGAGAGGAGAGAAACCAACUACGAGUCCCAGAGGGCUUUGCUGCAAGAAACAUCCAAUCAGAGAGCUUCAGACGGCGUCCACGUCAUGUGAUGAUGGAGGAUGUUGAUGACCUGCAGGCGUUCAGGUCAUGAAGACGACUGCUUGUUUUUAUAUUUAAUUUAAUAUCACAUCAAACUACUUUUUAUGUGUUUGUGUUAAUAUUUAAAGAAAAUGAGCUUCUGCUUUUUAUUGUAUCAGCUCAGCAUUUAAAUCUUUCUGUGUGUAAUAUUUGUUAAACAUUAAUGUAUCAACUCUUUUAUAAAUCUGUAAAUAAUGAAUAAAAGUUGAGAAUGUGUUCUUAUCUCUCAUGUCUUCAUGUUAACAGUGACGAGUUAUUUUCUGCUAUAAAUAUUAAAGCAGCUGCUGUUUGUCUCCAUCUAGUGGCAGAAACAUCACAACA